AGCACCUCAAUUCAGCAUUCGCAAAAGCAUCGGAUCAGAUUUUUCUCGCAUAUCUGUGCUCUAAGUGGCAUGGAGUUUCGUCCUGACUUCUUCGUCAUUUCACUCCUGUCUGCCCAUCAUGGCGGACGUCGCCCUCCCAUAUCAUGAGCCCGGGAUUAUCACAAUCCUGAUUCAGUCGUCUUUUCUUCUGGUCUUGAAUGUUCUAGGAUUUGCCCUGGACCAGAUUUUCUACUGCGGUCUUGUGGGGCAGGUUCUCAUCGGUAUGGCCUGGGGAACACCUGGCUCGAAGCUGUUGUCCCGCCCAUUUGAGGAUGUGGCAACGCAGCUUGGGUACCUAGGCUUGAUCGCGAUUGUCUUCGAGGGCGGACUGGCGACUUCAGCCAAGUCGCUUGGCAGGUCCCUGAUACUGUCUAUCUGCGUCGCACUCACUGGGAUAUGUCUCCCAAUGGCUCUAUCUUUCUCUCUGAUGGGGAUUUCCGAUGCCACAAAGCUUCAAGCAUUCGCAGCUGGAGCUGCGCUAUGUUCGACGAGCUUAGGCACCACCUUCAGUCUUUUAAAGACGACAAGCCUAACGACGAGUCGCUUGGGGACGGUCCUCACCAGUGCUGCAAUGUUGGAUGAUGUUGUUGGGCUGAUCAUGGUGCAAGUCAUAGCCAAUCUAGGCUCCGGCCAGACGUCGAUUUCAGCCCCUACAGUCAUACGCCCUAUCUUCGUAUCCCUUGGCUUCGCUAUCAUCCUUCCCCUGGCCUGCAAGUUCUUGGUGAAGCCAGUUUUACCUCAUAUCUCCGCCCUAUCAGUCAAGCUGAAAGGGAAAUUCUCUUCGAAGGCUCUGGACCUUGAGGUAAAGCUUCCUUUCAUUGUUUCGACCGCCCUUUUGGCGGCCUUGGUCACCGCGGCAACCUAUGCUGGCACAUCAAACCUAUUUGCCGCUUAUCUAGCAGGAGCCACUAUAUCCUGGCUAGACGAGGCUGGUCUGCAGACAAUAGGUACUCGAUCCCAAGGGAAGUGUUCGCAGACGCCAAAACUUCAGAAGCAUCCCGUCAACACGACCUCCAAUAUCGCGCCUGUACAAUCCUGUGCCUCUCAGCAUGCCAGUGAAGUCCAUGCAUCAAAGGAUGAGAAACGGGAAGACCAUCAUGCGCCUCUGAUGCAGCCAUCGGGACCGUCUUGUGAAAUGACACCGCCUCCAGAGGAUCCAAAAUCAGUGACGAGCAUCGAUCAAAAUGCAGGGCCAGCUGAUAUCCCUGACGCACUGGACGUCGAGAGCCGCAGCCUCCGGAUGUACAACCAUUACUAUGCACCUGCCGUGGAGCGCAUUUUGAAACCGCUUUUCUUCGCAUCUAUCGGCUUUUCCAUUCCGAUCACCAAAAUGUUUCGCGGCCCCGUCAUCUGGCGUGGCCUAGUCUACGCGACAUUCAUGGCUAUCGGCAAGCUCUUUUGCGGCAUGUGGCUCAUCCGCUUCUCCACUUCGUCAACGACACCACAGCCUCCUCGUCCGCAACCUAUGGAAUCCGACAAACAGCAAAAGGGCAAGGGCACGAAGCAAAGGAGGAAUAAUAAGGCUACCCCGCGCAGGUCUCUCCCUCGCCCGAAGUCUCUGUACCCGGCAUCCAUCCUCGGCUGCGCGAUGGUCGCUCGCGGCGAGAUUGGAUUCCUAAUCUCGGCACUCGCGGCGACGAACGGCAUCUUCACAAGCAAAGACACGUCCGGUAACGCUGCCGCCGGAGAUGGCCUCGUGUCGGAUCUAUACUUGAUUGUCACGUGGGCGAUUCUUCUCUGCACCAUCGUCGGACCGCUCGCUCUGGGGUUCCUGGCGAAAAGGGUCAAGAGGCUUCAAGACGAUAGGGCACGAGAGGGCGGUGGUGGGACGAAGGAGGAUCCCCUGGGCAUUUGGGGAGUCAAUUAACUCCGUCACCUUGAGAUUUGAAGGUGGGCUCCGUAAAGACCUUGUCGUUUUCGAGUUGGACAGAAAGGCAAAAAGGCGGUUGUAACGGACCAGUUGGCUUUCAUGAUCCUCAUAUCUUCGUAUUUGACGCGAAUAUAAACGCGAAAUCUCAAGCAAAACGCCGCUCAAUGCAGUCUAACCCGCAUUUUGAC